ACGCAGGCAGACCGAGAGAGGAGGGAAAGAGUUGGAGAGAACCAGGAGAGAUACGGACAGAACCAGAGAGAUACGGAGAGAUAAACCAGAACCUGACGAAGAGAGAUUAAAGAGGAGAGAUCGCACAGAACCAGAGGGAGGAGACAUACGAACAGAACCAGGCAGUCACUUCUCUGUCUUUCAAUUUUCUCUGUCUCAUCUUCCGUCCAGUGCAUUACGAGCCUACUUUAAACCCGUGCUGUAUUUUUCUUAUAGUAUCGAAGCUUGUGGUGAUGCAGUGUUAGUAAUCUUCGAACUAUGUAGUGCCAUUAAAUAAGUGUGACUUGAUAAUCAUGUUGGUGAAGACGCAGGUGGAAGAUGACAUGCGUGAAGUGGACUCCGUUGUGAUUUGAGGAACUGAGGUGGAUCGAGGUGGUGACAGUAGUGGUAGUGAGGUGGUUGUGACUCGGUGUGUGUGUGUGGAGUUGCGUGUGUGUGUGGUGAUAACGACAUCAUCAUCAUCAUCAUUAUCUCCACUUGCAAGUACCACCACCACCACCACCACUAGGGAAGAUAGAAAAAGAGGAGGUGGAGUAGAUGGUGGAAGAGAAAGAAGUGGAUUAGGAGGCGGAGAUUGAUGAUUCACAGCUCUGGCAGGAAGGAAGGAAGAAGAGAGAAACAGAGGGGUAGGAAGGAAGGUUACUGAAGGAGUAGGAGGAAGAAUCGUGAGGUGUUGGUUGGCUUUCCGCAGCAUUGCCAAUCAUCAAUAACCUCAUAAAACAGAGAGACAAACAGGCAGCAUGGCAGACACCAGCAACCCUUUGGUGGUGGAAGCGCUGUACUCCUUCAGGGGCAAGAACAAUGAUGAGCUGUGCUUCACCAAGGGGGACAUAAUCACAGUGACCCAGCGUGAGGAUGGGGGCUGGUGGGAAGGCACGCUGGUGGACAAGACUGGCUGGUUCCCCUCAAAUUACGUCAGGGAGUGCAAGGAUGGUGUGCCACUGUCCCCUCAGCACGUGGAAGGGGAGCUGCUCAGCCCUCAGCACUGUCAGCAGCAACAGAUAUACCGCAGCCUCGUGCUCAAGGACAUCCUGGAGUCGGAGCGCGCACACCUGGCCGAGCUGCAGAGCCUCCUGUCCAACCAGCUGGCAGCCCUCCGCAAGUCUGAGCUGCUAACGGAUGCCGAGUACAAGCAGCUGGUGGGGAACUUGGAGGAGGUGGCUGUGGCUCACUCCAACCUCGUCACGGCCCUUGAGGAGCAGAGCGAGCGGCCGUCCAGGGAGCAGCGGAUAGGGGGCGCCUUCCUCACCCUCGCGCCCCACCUCCAGAGUGUCCACCAGAACUAUUGCACCAACCACCCGCGGGCCGUCUGCAUGCUGGAGAAAUUUAAGGACGAGUUGGGCAACUUCAUGGAGGGGCAGGGGGCGCCGCGGCCGGGCAUCAUGUUCAUCACCACAGCGCUCAGCAAGCCCUUCCGCCGCCUGGACAAGUACACGGGCAUGCUGCAGGAGUACCAGCGCCACCUGGAGGAGGGCCACCAGGACCGCGGCGACACCCAGCGCUCAACCCACGUCUACAAGGAGCUGGCCUCUGUGUGUGGAGCGUUGCGGAGACAGAAGGAGCUGGAGCUGGAGGUGGUGACGGGCCGUGUGCAUGGCUGGGAUGGCGGGGACAGCCUGGGGGCGCUGGGGGAGGUGCUGCGCAUGGGCUCGGUGGCGCUGAUGCCCGACCACCGUGACCGUUACUUUGUUCUCUUCCCGGCAAUGUUGGUGAUGCUCUCUGUCUCGCCGAGGAUGAGCGCCUUCAUAUUUGAGGGAAGUUAUCCGCUCAGUGGCAUCCACGUGACCAGACUGGAGGAUGGCGACCACCACAAGAAUGCCUUCGAGCUUGCAGGGCCGGUGCUGGAGCGCGUGGUGGCCGUGUGCCAGAGCCGCCAGGACCAGCAGCAGUGGGUGGAGGCCCUCACCCAGCAGUGCCGCCUUGCCCGUUCCUCUAGCUUCACCCCCCACAAAACCCCGCUAACCUCCCCUCCCGUCCUCCCAGCUCAUGGAGGCCCGCUUAUGCCCCGCCAGGCCAGCACCACCAGCGUCACCAGCACCCAGGACGCCCCAGCUCGGCCGCGCCACUCUGUCCCUGGCAAGGUGUGGAGUUUGUCGUGCCUUCGUCCGUCCCCGCCGCUGAGGCCGGGACUGUCUCUGCGUGAGGACAAGAGGAACCAGCGGUACAAGAGGAAAGACGACAAGUGGCAUGAAGACGACGCGCUGAUCCUUCGUGUUAUUGAGGCGUACUGCACCAGCGCCAAGACCCGCUACACCAUCAACUCCAUUGACUUGGGGCAUGUUGGCCGUGCCUGUGGGGGGAGUGCUCCAGGGGGCUCCUUGAUCGAUUGCCGAGGCCACCACCACCAUCACCACCACUACCAACAGCUUUCACACCACCAAUACCAGCAGCAGCAGCAACAGCAACAACAGCAACAGACCCCCCCACACUCACCCCCAGCACUCUCGCCCUUUGGAGAGCUGCGUAUGCACAAGGGCCAACGCUCCAACUGGUGCUGUGGUCUGGCCAUCAAGGCCAUCAAGAAGAACAUUGAUUUUGACUGUUAGAGCGCCAAGAGGCAGGGCUUUGUAGGCACACGUGGCGGCAGCGCUGCAGCUACUGAAGCCAGACUCCUUGUUAGCGUGUGCAUUGAUGAAGAUAAUUGUGCUACAGGAAAAGUUUUCCGUGUGAAACACAUGACUGGAGAGAAGGAACAAUGCACUUUUCUGAGUUUGUCAUUACAUGAAAGUGUACUUUGAAUUUGAAGACUACUGAUGUACCUUUGUAUUCAGACUGCAAAAGAAAAUUCAUCUUAAAGUUUUUCCUCUAUCCUGCACUGUCAGGAUAUUUUAUUUUGCUGUACAUUUACAAAGACUUUGGAAUGACGUGGUGUCUUUGCCUCCACCGAGGCAGACCUGAGUUGGGUCUUGAUGCUCCAGAUCCUUGACGAGACAGGGAGGUUGGGCACUUGUAUUUUGAACCUUUUUUCUCUGCUACAACCUCAUUGGUACAUUAUUUACAAGGAAACAAAUGUGUUUGAGCUUGAACAAAGUGAAUGAUGAGCAGAUCAGUACUUAAUUUACAGAUUUAUUGGCAAAAUAUUUUGUGGUAAAUGAGGACAUGCUUGAGUAAUGAAAAUUUCAAGGUGUUUCUAUUUACAAUUUUUGUAGAAGGAAGGUCAGCUAAUGUAGAGACACACACGACACGAGUGGUGCCUGUACCAAACCUAUUCCAUGGCCUCAAGCGUUCCCGAGUGAUCUCAGGCAGUGUUGUGCUGGUGUGCAGAGACACUUUGGCAAAGUUUCCACUUCCUUCCAUGGACAGCAUUUUUGUGGUGUUUUCUCUGUUGUCAGCACUCUGAUAAUUGAAUGAUGACACUCUGCCUUGGUAUUUUGUGCAACACUUGACAGCAGUGUAAGCAGACCUCUGCACGCCAGCGUUGGGGAGGACCCCGGCAACAGAUAGUGUUAUGCACGUGGCCGUGUACACAGAGGAGCAGCUGGCAUUCCAUCAUUAUAAAUGAAAGUAGCAUAUAAAUGUUGUAUUUCCUUAGUUUGCAGUUUGUUUGUGCAUGAGAGUAAAGCUGAGUGUAAUGUUUUUUCUAAAUAAUUGCCACACACAGCUGGAUCAUUUGUUUUUGAUUUGCACAGCCAGACGGGCGUGCAGAGCUCUCCACGCAGCAAAGGUUCGGGCAUGUUUCAAGCACUCCUUCACUUGGCUUUGAGAUUUGAUUUUAUCACUUGCUAUUUUUUAUCACUUGCUAUUUAUGGGUGGCAGUUACACAUACACUCCUUGAUUUUCAACAGUGUAUUAAUUUAACAAUGAAGUGGUCUGCAACACUUAGCACUGAACUGUAUCUAACAAUUUCAUGUGAAUGUGAUAUCUGACAUCCAAGUGAAUCACUGGAUGACCACAUUUAUUUUCAAUGGUUCUGUGUUGUAAAUAGACCAUUAGUUUGUCUUUGAUGCUAAUGAGCAUUCAGUGAUGCAUUACUGUACAUGCAAGACGGUGCAGCAGACACUAUCAGAGAAGUCUUGGAAUCAUCCGUUGCUCACUGCUGCCGUGACUCACCCGGCUGUUGUGCCUUGACCAAACACUGUGAUGGCUACAAAUUGACUGUAGAAAAUAACAAGUACCUACGAUGCCUAAAGAUUUGAUUCAUAGCAUGUGUAGACUUAUGCGGGGAGUGCAUGGCAGCUCAUUCACCUAGUGGUUUGUCACAUGAUUGUUUACAGUGUAAAUACUGCUCCUCAUGGAAAUUGGGAAUAUGAAAUUUUGUUUUAUGUUGUCACCAACACUAAAAUCUACAUGUCAUCAUGCAAGAAUAAAAAUAAAUAGGAAUUAAACUGUGUCCCUUUUGGACAACAUGUUUUGGAAUGAUUAUAGGGUUGCAGGAGGCAGCUCCUCAUGUGUAACUUUUUGCAUGAAGGUGCCACAGUUUAAAUUCACGCUGUACAUACUCACAAGACGUAACUAUUAAGUGAUGCUUUGUAGGCCUGAAUUUUGCUUUUAUGAAUUAGUUAUACAUUUCCUAGUAACCGAUUGAUACAGAGUAGUGGUGAUCAUCUUUUUCCUGUAAAAGAAAGAUUUUUUAAUAUUAUUCACUGUUGGGCAGAGGCAUUUAGUGGCAAAGAAAAUAUAAAAGUAUAUUUCAAAGUUUGUUCUAUAUUUGAUGGAAAGUUUAUUCAGCCUUACAUUGGUGCCAAGUGGCAGUCAGUAUCCAGACCUUGUGGCCAACAGCUGGUCACCAGCACAAUGUUCUUAAAACAUUACAUGACUGCUUGGUCUGUGUUAUGUUCAUGGAGGAUGAAAUACCUGAUGGUGUAACGACAAUGCCACAUCAGUUAAAUGUCGUAAUAAACAUUGAACUAGGAAGGGAAGGUCAACCUGGAGAACUGCAGGGUUGGAGGUAUGGCUGUAGACAAGAUUUUCUAGCAUGUGUGUGUGGUACAUUUUCGGAACAAAAAUAAUUCCAAGGAUUUUUUUCAAGCUCUGUGUAGCAAGGCAUCCUUUUUUACUUUGACCAGGUUUAGUAAAUUGUGUCAACCUGUAAAUUCAAAUCUACUGAAGGUGCUUCAGACUGUAAUCUGUCUCAGCCUCCUGCAGCCUGCAGGAGGUGUUGGAGCACAUCACUUGCAGUCUAUCUUUUUGUCAAAGCAAAACUGUACUUUACAAUUUGGGAGCCUCCUCAGUGCAGCUCCGGCCGUCACUUGCAUUACAGUCAGUCAUAAGGAUUCUUGCAUUUGAAAAAGUCUUCCUUAAAUUAGGGACAGUGAAGUCAGUUCUCAAAGUUCUCAGGGGACGAGUUUAUUUAGGGGAGAGAAAUUUAUAGAUAUAUUUGCCUUAGUGUUCUUGCUUUUUUUUGUCUUCAUUGUCAAUAUAUUUAAUGAUAGUACCUUAUUGAAUGUUAUCCCUUCUUACCAUAAUUAUUUUUCCUAGAUUUUCCUUGGUAUACUUUUUUAUUCUACAUGUAUUAAGGGUAUGACACAUUUUGUAUACUAGUUUUUGCUGUUUUUGUACUUCCUAAGGUUAUUUUGUCAAAGCCAUGGCAUUUCCAUAUACUACUAUCCAUUACAUUUACAAUUCAGGAGCAUAAUAAUUUUUACUCGAGAGGUAACGCUGAAAUGCCUGUGAUUUUUUGGCCUUCAGAGGAGCAGAGGCCUUGUGGCAGUCAGCAGGGGUUGGUUGGCCUCAAGCUGCCGACAGGGGGGAGAAGUUGUCCUUGUGAGGGAGUGUUGCCAAGGUCGUUAUUUAUGUAUGAUCUCUCAGGUGUUCAGUGCCAAUAGUAAUGGGCCAAGAGGUAGCUAGUCAGAGGUUACUGCAGUGGUGUACCUUGAUGUUUUAUUAUGCAAGGACGAGUGUUAAAAGAACUAAAUGUUGAAGAUUGUGUGUGUGUGUGUGUCAUAAUCAUAUCAUUAACACCAUAUGAUGCCCUACAGUCCUUCAUCACUCAUCUAGCUCUGUUACUUUAAUCUUGCAAACUGAGUGAAUUCAUUUUUCCUCACAAACUUCUACUACCAUGGCUGAUCAGUUGUUAGCUCCUUUUUAUUCUUCAUUUUUACUCCACACACUCUCACUCUUGAUCUCAUCUUACCCUCGUCAUUUACCUUUUCAUUCCUGUCUUCAUUCUUCACCAGUGUUUCUGAUGCCGUCUCUUCAGUUCCUUUCCUCUUCGUUCUUUCAAAACAGCCAUGCUCUGUUACCUCAUUUGUCUUACUGAAGCUGUCAUUCCUACUUCUCGUGGCAUACCACUAAUAUAAUGUCAACAAAAAUGGCCAUCUUUAGUAUUAUGCAUCAUAGUACCAUUACUCAUUAUACUAUAUAUUGCCUGACAUUAAACUACUGUUCUCUGGUACAUUGCACAAAGUUUCGUCAAAGCUCAAGAUGCCUUUACGCAGCUUUAUUUCACUGGUAGUCACUCACAGUAUGGCAGUAGCUUACUUUCGGGAGUGGCACCUCAGAUAUGUACUAGGGUGAUCAUGUGAUGUGUGUGUGUGUGUGUGUGGAUGUGCGGGGAUGUGUUUUACUCAUCCAGGGUAUGUUUCGUCAAUAUGUGCGCACCAUUUCAACUAUUACUAUAUCAGGAAAGAAAAAAACUACUAUGGAAAUGAGUUGAGGUAUUAAAAUGAACUAGAAUCUUUAAUAUAUGUAGCUACCUUGUCCCUGUUUUCCUAUGUAGUUUAAGUCCUGGUAUGGGUACUAGAUGGACGAGUGCAUACGAAACCACAAACGCACUCAAACCUCCUCCUUGGACAACUUCCCCUGCUGGUCUCUGUGUGUUAGGGCUGCUGCCACCUCCAGCCAGCCCAGGCACACACCUUCCAUCCUCUCUUGUUGCAACUAUUAGUGUUAUAUAUUACACAUUCUCAGAAGUUAUAUAGAAUUAAAAACGUGUUGUAUU